CUGUUGCAUGGCGUCCAAGCUAUGCGCCUCCCGUGGCCGGUGGGCGCGCGCUGGAUGGGGCUCACUGCGGGAAGUGCUUAGGGCUGGCUCCGCGAGGCGCGGGAGGUAGGGCUUGAGCGGCUUAGGUGCCAUUGUCUGUGUUCCAAAGCUGAACGCCGCUGGCCUUCCUCUUUGUCCAGCUUGCCCCGCACAGGUUUUGGAGAGUGGUGAAGGUAUCUUUUGCUGUUGUUGUUCUUUUCGCACGGGGAAUCGAACUCAGGAGCUCGCGCUCACCAGGCAGGCGCCGUGGCGCCGAGCUAUAUCCCCACCCCUAGAGGUGUUUCUUGUACCUCCUGGUCGAUUCCAGACGUCUCUGCGCCUUACACGCUGCACACAGACCAUGCCGAGACCCUGGAAGAGGCUGGCUGGAACUUCUGGCCCAGACAAGAAGGGACUAUCAGGAAAACGCACCAAAACUGAGAACUCAAAUGAGCUAUCAGCUCUUGUGGAGAACUCCAAUGCACAGACAACUUCAGACUCAAAAAACCAUGGGCAGAAUCUGAGCAACUACUGGCUGAUGAAGACAGAGCCAGAAAGCCGACUAGAGAAAGGUGUUGAUGUGAAGUUCAGCAUUGAGGAUCUCAAAGCAGAGCCGGAGCAGACAGCCUGCUGGGAUGGUGUUCGUAACUACCAGGCUCGGAAUUUCCUUAGAGCCAUGAAACUGGAGGAUGAAGCCUUCUUCUACCAUAGCAACUGCAAAGAGCCAGGCAUCGCAGGACUUGUGAAGAUUGUGAAGGAGGCUUACCCAGACCACACACAGUUUGAGAAAAACAGUCCCCAUUAUGAUCCAUCCAGCAAAAAGGACAACCCCAAAUGGUUCAUGGUGGACGUACAGUUGGUUCGGAAACUGAAGCGUUUCAUCUCUCUGGCUGAGCUUAAAACCUAUCACCAGGCUCACAAAACUUCUGAUGGUCCCUUAAAGAACAUGGCUCUCUUCACUCGCCAGAGACUCUCCAUUCAGUCCCUUACACAAGAAGAGUUUGAUUUUAUUUUGCAUCUGGAAGAGAAGGAAGCGAAUUAACUGAGGCACUGUUGCCGGAAUGGACAAGGCGUCAGUCCAGAGAAGCUUUCAUAAGACAAGAUAGCUUGCUUGUCAUAUCACUUGGGAUUAUUCACCUACGUGGUUUUGUGUAUGCUUUUUCAAUAAAAGUUUAAUACUAAAA